AUGGCAUCAGAAGGUGGAUCAUCUGGCAUUGAUAACGCGAAUGCUGCAACAACGGGAACUUCAGUGGAAAGUAUGGAUGAUAAAGGUCAAUCUUUUGCGACAACAAUGACCAACAAUACUAAUAAUCCUGGUUCUUACGAAGAAUUACAUCGUAAAUGUAGAGAUGUAUUUCCGAUGUGCUUUGAAGGUGCUAAAGUAAUGGUGCAAAAGGGACUUUCAUCACAUUUCCAGAUAGCGCAUACGUUGAGUAUAUCACCAGCAAACACUGGCUAUCGGUUUGGUGCGACGUUCGUUGGUAAUAAACAAACAGGUCCCGGAGAAGCAUUUCCGGUGUUAUUGGGCGAUACUGACGCUGCUGGUAACACAUCAGCCACUUUCAUACAUCAGUUCGGUGAUUCCUGGAGACUUAAACUUCAAAGCCAAGUGCAAGGCAACAAACUGAGUGCAGUACAAGGAACACUGGAUUAUCGUGGUCGAUUAUCAACACUUGGUGUGACACUGGCGAAUACAGACAUAAUAAACGAUAGUGGUAUAGUGGUAACUCAGUUAUUGAGACGUUUCACGCCGAAGUUGGAUAUCGGUGCCGAGUUGGUGUAUCAGUAUGGCAAACAGAUACCAGGCUCUCAGAUUUCGGUACUCAGCUACGCAGCGAGAUAUAACGGUAGUAAUUUCACGGCUUCUGGAACGAUUGGUAGUUCUGGAUUGCAUUUGUGUUAUUAUCAUAAACAGGUGGAGAACUUAUCGUUCGGGGUGGAGUUCGAGAGCAAUUUCCGUGUUCAAGAGGCGUUGACCACUUUUGCAUAUCAGGCAGAGUUGCCGGAUGAAGGCGUAACCGUACGUGCGUCGAUCGAUACGAAUUGGACCGUGGGCGGUGUUUUUGAGAAGAAAAUUAGUCAAAAUUUACCGUUCACAUUGGCCAUUUCUGGUUUGUUAAAUCAUGUGAAAGCACAGGGUAAAUUCGGUGUUGGCCUUAUAAUCGGUUAA